CCCAACACGAUGGAGAUGAUGUCGUGCGGCAUUGUCCCAGAGCUUCUUGAUCGAUCAAAUCGAGCUUGAUGACAAUUCAUCACCAUGGGAGACACCAUGCCUGAAUCCGACUCUCAGAAAGGCAGUGACGCCUUUCGCGACUUCUCCAAGCCUGCUACAUUCGACCUUCGAAGACAAAAGCCUGACAAGACCGUCGACAUUGGACUGGAUGGCGUCUCACUUUCUCUUGAUGCCUGUGGGAGGAGUAUGUUACAGUGGAUACAAGGAGACAGGCCUGGAUUAGGACUCAGCUUUCGGUCCAAUCCCUCUCAUGUUUCUAUCAACAUCCCGAAUGCUAAUGUCGCAACUUUUCAAUUCACCCUAGAAGAUGACGUUCAGGUGUCACUCCAAGUCGACAUUCUCGAAGGCGGUGACAUCUUUCAAAGAACAACUAUAACAAAUCACAGAACUAGUGCAUACACACUGGCAUGCGACGUGAACCUCUGCGUGAGCCUCAACCGCGCAUCCUACGGACAACUCACGGAAGGCGGACCAAUUGCACUCCCUAAGUCUCGAAAUACCUUCUCGCUUACGCGUCAGGACUUUGUGAAAAUAACCAAUGCAGAGCUCGGUGCUCAGCUGACGGGCGAAAUGGGCCGCGUAAUUGAACUGGAUGGAGAUCUCGUUAGCGUGGAGUGGCCUUCGAGCGAUCAAGAAGCUAUCGAUGCUCCACUUGAUCUGAACAUCCCAUUUCAAUUCCGUCUCAAACCCAGCGGCCGGGUCUCCAUUGAAAACAGGUUCCGCCUGAGAGCGAUUGUAGACGCCAAUCAAAUCCCAUCUUACAGCUUCGAUGAAACAUGGGGAAAAACCCUUGAUCCAGAAAGCGACUGUCUGAGGCAGAGCUAUGAUCAAACGGCUUGUCAAAAGUAUUCAUGGCUACAUCCAUCCACCGUAACAACCUACAUCCUUCGCCGUAAUGUCGAGUACAUCCUCGCGAACUGCACCAUCCCCGUGGGCUCGACAACCACAGAUAACUACUGGCAACUCCGUCUCCUCUACAGCACACACAACCAUGCCCCCCUCCUCCUUCACUCCUCCAGCAUCCCAUCCUACACCUCCCAUAUCCUCAAGAUCGCAAAAGGCCACCUAACCUGGGUCUUCCGCACCGCCCAACGCCCCAACACCUAUUGGCACCGUUCCUACCUCGUGACAGGUACACCGAAAGACGCGGCGGUCUUCCAGCUCGACCAGCAGUGCUACCCCCUCCUCGAGUUGUGCGACUUCGCAGACACGUUCGCCUCGGAGGCGGCCUUCGCGCGGGAAAUCCUGGAAUUCGGGGUGGUGGAAGAGAUUAUUGAGCUGCUGCGGGAAAAGAGAGAUAUGGAGACGGGUCUCUGGCCAACCGACGAAACGCCCGCCGACGACGCAGUCACGCACCCGUUCCACUUCAGCUCGCACGUGCUUCUGUGGCGCACGCUCACGCGCCUGGCACACCUUUACACGCUCUUAUACAGCGCAUCCCACCCCUGCAUAUCCCCUCUCACAGUCCUGGCAGACGCCCUGCGCACCGCCACACUCGCGCACUUCACCAUCCCCUACCCCCAUGCCGGGGAGGGGGAGAGCAUGUUCGCAUACCUCACAGACGGAAAGGGAAACCACACCCUCUACCACGACGCAAACGACCUCCCCACCCUCUUCGCCCUCCCCUGGUCCUUCCUCUCCACCCCCUCGCAACACGCAGCCUACCACGCCACCCUCUCUUUCGCCUUCUCGCCCGCCAACAGCGCCGGCUACGUGGUCGACCAACCCUAUCCCGGGCUCGGCAGCGUGCAUUCGCCCGGCGCGUGGGUGCUAGGCUACUUCCAAGAAGCCGCGUAUGCGGCGAUGGUGGGAAAUGACGUGGGGUUGAAGAGGGCGUGGGCGAAGGUGAAGGCGGCGAUGCAGUGGGAUGGGACGUUUGGGGAGGCGGUGGAUGCGCGGACCGGGAGGGUAACGAGUAAGGCGUGGUUUAGCUGGCCGGGAGCUAUGGUUGGAGCAUUGGUGGUUCAAUUGCGGGCGGAGGCAAGGGAGGGGGUGCUGUUGGGCGAGGGAUUGUGAAGGGGGUUGGUGGGUGGCUAGGACCUGAAUAGACUGUGUAAGUGGGAACGGAAACA